CGCGCUUCGAUUGCAUUAACCUGUUUGUUACAGUUUUAUUCCAGAGAAGAUAAUAAGUAUAAUUAAUUAAUUAAUAAGGAAUGGGCAGCGGCGAUGACGAGACGCCUAAUAUUCAGUUUAAAAAAAAGAAGAAAUCUUUGAGGAAACGCGAAGCGCUCUUGGAUGAUGAUGACAGCGAGGACGAAAAAGUGUCUCUCAGAGAGAAAGUUGAGGAGAUGAAGAUUAUUCAAAAGCUUCGUGAAAGACCAGCUGGCGUCGAUGUCGUUGGUUUAGCUCUCGGAGAGAAUGUUGCAUCUGAUGUCAUAACGUCUGAUCCCUUUAACAUGAAAACUGGAGGAAUGGUAAAUAUGACUGCAUUGAAGAAUACAAAACAUAAGCCAAAUGAUGCAUACGAAACCGGCAUUGGGACCCAGUUUAAUGCAGAGACUAAUAAACGUGAUGAGGAUGAAGAGAUGGUCAAAUAUAUAGAAGAAGAAUUGUCAAAACGCAAAAGUAAAAAUAAUGAUGCAGCAAAUAGCGCCAAUAAUGAAAAAGGAUCGUAUUGCUCGCCUGAAGAAGCGGCAUUGCGAGCAGUACCAGAACAUUUGAGGCAAAGUUCGGCUAAUCGUAGUGAAGAAAUGCUUUCAAAUCAAAUGCUCUCCGGGAUUCCAGAAGUAGAUCUCGGCAUAGAAGCUAAAAUUCGUAACAUUGAAGCUACCGAGGAGGCAAAGUUGAAAUUGCUUUGGGAAAGACACAGAAAGAAAGAUGGUCCUUCGCAGUUUGUUCCCACUAAUAUGGCUGUAAAUUUCGUGCAACAUAAUAGAUUCAAUAUAGAAGACUCAGAUUUCCAGAAAUCGCAGCAGGAGUCUGGCGAUAAGAAAAAGUUCAUGGCCAAAGAAGAUAUUCGAGGAAAGCGAAAAGAAAAUGGGGAGAAGGCGACAGACGAUUACCAUUACGAGAGAUUUAAAAAGCAAUUUAGACGAUUUUAAGUUAGGAUGUAAUUAAUUUAUUAUGUUAUUAUACUUCUUGGAUAUAUAUCUAAGCACAUUGCUGGUUUAUAUUAUUCUUUUUUAAUCCUCAAAAAAAUCAAGAGGAAUAUUACAAUCUUAUAAAGUGCCCCUGUUUUUAUUCGUAAACGUCAUCCAUGUUCAUCG